CAACUGCAGAAUGAGAAACCCUUCACAUUACUAAUAGAAAAGCAAAUGGAGCGGACAAGGUGAAGGAUAAAAUGAGAAAUACUUGUUGGGGGAGGGGGGGAAUUAAUUUUUCACCUUCCCCAGUAAUCCCAGCGGGGCUGAUAGGUCUCAUGAAUGGGAGUAUUUCAAAAUGAGCACGAGUAACAAUCGGAACCGGUUCCAUUUGUAAGGUACAGGUUUGCAUAUGUUACAUCGCCAACCAAAAGCACAAGAUUUGGUUUGCUGCUAAUCAUGUGACUGAUGGUGGUGGUGGUAUUGAAUGUAAGACCCAGAUCUCCUACAAUGGCUAUUCUUUUGGGGUAGCUCUGCGGACCAGAAACUGGCAUUUUUGUGAAAGAAUAGAUGUUGCUCAUGGCUUUUAUGGUGGGAUCACCGCAUCUACAGUAGUAUAGAGCGUCAGGCUCUAAUCCUGCCAUGGAACCCAACAAAAGAAGCAGCAAAAAUUUAGACAAAACCAUCAUUAAACUGCAGCAAAUGUGCAAGAAAAUGAGGCGCUGUUGGUGGUGGAAAUUUCCAACAACGUUUGCUAUCUGACCAUAUGCUAGCAGUGGACGCCAUAAACCUUCGUGAGCUUCUCAAAGUCAGCGACGACGACCUCGAAGUCGAACGCGGCCGAACCGCCGAUCAACCCCGAAACGCCGCCGCACGAAUAACACUAGGGGCCGUCCUCAGUAUCGACAAAACGCAUGGUGCGGUUUCUGUGAGCCAAACGCUCCAUGACAUUAUCCGCGACGAGUCAUCUAACCCAGCUCCGUACGGAGAUCCUCUCGCCCAAAACGCAAACAACGCCAACAAAAAAAACUGGAAGUCUUUUAAGGAUCGUCUACGCCUCCGACGCGUCGGCGCAGCUUGGACAUCUUCCGUGCACAUUCCGACUUCCGACGUUCCGAUUCGCGAUUCCAGAGCCAAUAUCACUGGGCGCCACUCAACUCGGUACCAGGAGAUGGCGGUGGACUCGGGCGAGUCAAUUGACGAGUCAGAUCACCAUGAAAACUCGUCGGCUUCGGCGAUUGCGCCAGCACAGAAUUCCAGAGCAGGGCAGAUUUCGCGCAUGAGCUCAACGCGUUUCUCGGCUGUUACCUUCAACCUGGAAGGGUUACCGCCGCCCAGGGAUAACAUAGGCGAUGAGUCUGAAUCGGCCCCUCGCGCGACGGGCACGCGCCUGGGAGCGGCAUUGGCGGCGGAGAGGGAGCAGCAGGGAGAGGCAGCGGGGGAGCGGCGUUCGACGGAUGCGGCGGAGGGCGAUGGGGAGGGAGCGGCGCCGGUGAGAAUGUCCCUAAUGGCAUUGCUGGAGGAGACGGACAGGCAGAUGGGGGUGGUGGGGCCGGCGUACUGUGCGGCCUACGACGAGGAGGAGGAGGAAGAAGAAGAUGAGGAAGAGGGCGGGGGUAACGACGGCGGAAGAAGAGGAGGAGGAGAGCAGAGCUGCUGCGUGUGUAUGGUGAGGCAUAAAGGUGCGGCGUUCAUACCGUGUGGGCACACAUUCUGCAGACUGUGUUCGAGGGAGCUUUGGGUGAGUAGGGGCAACUGCCCCAUCUGCAAUGGCUUCAUCUUGGAAAUUCUCGAUAUCUUCUGAUCAUCAUCCAUCACUGCACUCGCAUUUCCUGAUCCAGUCUUCUUCUCAUUUAUCUUUUUCUAUUUUAAUUUUUUUUUAAUUCUGUUUAGUAAUUAAUUUUUUUUCUGAAAUAUGGGUUAGUAAAUAAUGUUAAAUUUUGUUGUAUUUUUUUUCUUUGAGCUCCGGAAAUUUUUGUAGUGUAGAUUAUUUUCUUUGAGCUCUCUGCAGAAGUGGUACAGUGUACUGUUUAUCUUUAUUUUUUUUUUCCUUUUUUUAAUUC